AUGUCUGCGAAGGCCUCCGCUUUCUCCAUCGAUGCUAUCAUGACUGCCACGCCUGCUAGGGCCUCUGCUAAGUCUACCUCCUCUCAACAUAGUCCUGUAAGUCCCAAGUCGGAGGGUCGACUGCUGCGACGAAGUUGGUCAAGUCUCCUUAGCAAUGAAGAGACCUCGCCACCUCCAACAAAGUCCCCACGACUACCCUUCCAUCCGUCAUCUCCACUGGUUCAUCAAGACGCCCAAAUACCACCCCCAUGUGAGAGCCUGUUAAGCCUUUCGAAAUCUGAUGAAUCAGUUGUACUGCCGAGUCUUAGGAGUAGCAACUUUCCUUGUCGAACAACCGGAGGAACAGGCGACUUAGCACAAGCUCAAUGUCAUCUGGAAACCCGGGAACUGUGGCAAAAAUUUAAUGAACUCGGCACUGAAAUGAUUAUCACCAAGUCGGGAAGACGAAUGUUUCCCGUAAUGCGAGUGUCCUUCACCGGUCUCCGACCAGGACAGAAGUACACUGUGUUGAUGGACAUUGUUCCAGUUGACAAUAAACGCUAUCGCUACGCAUACCACCGAUCCAGUUGGUUGGUAGCAGGCAAGGCUGAUCCCGAAACCACCGAACAACAGCGAAGACGUCGUCGAUGUUACCUGCAUCCCGAUGCACCAUUCACUGGCGAACAGUUGGCUCGCCAGACGGUUUCAUUCGAGAAACUCAAACUGACCAACAACCUGCUUGACAAGCACGGUUAUAUAAUUCUCAACUCAAUGCACAAAUACCAGCCACGAAUUCACUUGGUGAGACGACCGAGAUGCAGUUUCUCAUCGGAUACACUCACUUCUCUGCCUGCGGAGGAGAUAAAGACGUUUGAAUUCCCCGAAACCGUCUUUAUUGCGGUGACCGCCUACCAGAACCAACUUAUAACAAAACUGAAAAUUGACUGCAAUCCAUUCGCCAAGGGCUUCCGUGAUUCAUCGCGUCUGUCCGACUUCGAACGGUGA